GCACUGAGAGAGAGAGAGAGAGAGAGAGAGAGAGAGAGAGAGAGAGAGAGAGAGAGAGAGAGAGAGAGAGAGAGAUGGACAUGAAGGGAGUGAAUCCCCAGCUUAAGAAAGGUUUGUGGAAACCAGAAGAGGAUAGGAUACUGAAAAACUACGUAGAGGCUAAUGGUGAAGGUAACUGGGCUUCUGUUUCACAAAAGUCAGGUUUGAUGAGAGGUGGUAAGAGCUGCAGAUUGAGAUGGAAAAAUUAUCUCAGACCCAACAUCAAGCGCGGAGGAAUGUCUGACGAGGAGAAAGACCUGAUCAUCAGAUUGCAUAAACUUCUUGGCAACCGCUGGUCACUGAUUGCCGGUCGACUCCCCGGCAGAACGGACAAUGAAGUAAAGAACUACUGGAAUACCCAUCUGAACAAGAGAAGCUCUCAAGGCAGAACAACCACCAUUAGUCCCAAGAACAAGAACAAACUCUGCAAAUUACCCAACCCUCAACCCAUUUGCAGCAGAAGUUCAGAAACCAACAAUGAAGUAUCACAUGCAGGAAAAGAAGAGGAGCUUACAGUCACGAGUCUGUGGAUGCAAGAUAUGAAAAGCUUCAACUUUGAUGCAGAACCUCCAUUUUUGCCGGCUAAUAAUGCAUCAUUCUUCUACGAUGACGAGCCUUUCAUGCCCAUCUUCGAUUCUUUAGCUCUGUCUGAAGCAUUUUAUAAGAUAGAUGAAGAAGAGAACUACCAGCAGGAGGUAUCUGGACAUGCAACUGUCCUUUGGUGAGAAGUGAUGCCUACCUUUUCAUCACGGAAAAUGAUAUGCAGAUAGAAUUUCUAUAGCAUCUCUGAAAUUAUGAACAACAGUGGCGAAUGUUUUGUUUAGAAAUAAAGGACCAGAAAAGGCUACGGUCAUUCUGUAUAAGUAGUCUGUAAAAAAUUCGAAGCAUAGUAUUAGAGUGUGUGUUACCUCGUGUCGUAGGCCUGGCUGGAACGUUUCUCUCUGUGUGUGCUAAUUCUGCUACUGUUGUGGAACCAGGCUGUUGAAGAAAUAUUUGGAAAGAAAAAAUAUAUAAGUGAUUAAAAUAAAGUUCACUUGAGUUA